CCAAGCUCAUUGCAGUAUCUUUCCAUAUACAUGCAAGCCCUAUACUCGCUGUUGAUACGGACAGUGCAUUUCAAUCCUGCGGAAGUUGAUGAAUCGUUAUAUCUCUCGUGUUACAGUCUCUAAAAUUAUUCACGGAGAUCCCCAUGGACACCGUUCUAUCUUACUUUGACCAUCUAUAAGUUUGGCUGGCCUAGCCCCCGCCUGAAGGGUAGAUCAAAUCGCAGAGCCUUCGACUCGUGCGUUGAAAGCCGCGUGGGACCGCCUGCCCGUUGUCGCAUUAUCCGCUGCAAUUUCACAUACAUCAACCCAAACCGCUACCGCCUACUCACUUCUGUUACAAAACUUCCCGCCUGUCUAAAUCGUGGCUCAAGCAUUCAGAGCCGCGAUCUUGUGAAAAACAGUCUAACUGUACUCUCACAGCAGCGAAACGGCGUAAACUGCCUCGGAAAGGGGUCUAUUUUACAUUGGAGUGGAUUUGUUGCUUUACAUCCGGAACUUACACAACGGCCAGCCCCGUCUAAAGGUACCGGCGUCUCAUCAUGCCUGUUAAUUGGAGUGCCGUGUUACUCCUUCACUUGGUGACUGCGACCUUCGUCCUCAGCACGGCCGGUGGGCUUCAGUCCCCAAGGGAUCGGGAUAGACCCACCCGGCCGAGACGGGGUUCUAACGGUGGAUGCCGGAUUCGGGAAUAUUUGGAGCACCAGGUGGAAGUGCCAGGAUGUCGACCCCAGGUCAUACCCGUUAGGGGGUGCUUCGGUCAGUGUCAGACGUACGAGGUGCCGAUGUUACUCCCACCGCACAAAGUGUCGCAUCACAAGAUGUGCUCGUACGAAGAGGUCGAGUGGCAGAACGUAGAGCUGGUGGGAUGUGAGCCGGGCGUUAACCGGACCUACUCUUACUUCAACGCCCUGCGGUGCCGCUGUAGACGGUGUGACCCCACGGACACAUACUGUGCUGGAAUAUGAAGUCUGCCAGACAAAUCGGAAACAGUUCAGUGGUGGCAUCUGUUGGACACAUUUUUUCAGUAGGUAUCUCUUCGGGGAUGGCACAAUAUUGCAAGUCAAACUAAACGCAUAGUGCUUGUGCAAGCUACGAGUUUCCAAUCCCUUACUUAUUUGAUUACAUACUAAUUGAGAUUCCAUUAAAAUGGAGAUUGGAGAUACAGAUGUCAUCACCCUCAGGAUAAGGGGGAUAUUCUCUACUGUGUUUUUCCCGCGGUGUACAAGAUUAAAUCGUGAUAAGCGUUGGAACACCGAACUUGGAUCAUUGAGGCGUAGUUUCCACAAUGACGUAAAGAAACACAAAAUAGUAUUGCCUCAAGGGUCCCCGAUGACACACAACUGACGCAAACGCAAGAUUGUCGGCAAAGUUAGAUUAUGUUCAACUGUGCGGAUCAUUUGCAACUUGGGUGACUGCGUCGAGUUGUCAGUGUAGUCAUGCAUGCAGACGCGCUCCCUUGUGUACGAUUUCCCACCACAAACAAAAUGCACUGAACUGAAGUACCGUUUAAAUGGUUCAGUCAAGAGAAAUUUCGUGCAAGAGUUUCGGAAGCCAUUUUGUUUUCAGUAUAUGUCGAAUGACGUCUCACGUCGUUUCUUCCACGAUUUUAUGCGUCUUGGCAUCAUUUUUGCGUGCUGUCGAUGAUUCUUUAUUCGACUAUAUGGAAACUGGGCUGUAUUUCAUUAGAGAGCAUUGGCAAUACGGGCGAUUCACAAUAGUGCACCACCAAGCGUUCGCAAC